AUGGGUUCGAACAACGACAACAGCCCAAGCAACCUGUGGACCCGGCGAUCAAACAGCAGCAAGCUCUCACUCUCGGUCAACAAGAACGAUCGAAACGAUACCCGCGAUAGCCACGAUACUCCUUCGACGAAGAGAUUCGGGAGUUCAAGCAGCCACGGAAAGAACAAUCCCUUCAACUCGAUCGGUCCCAUAUCGACGUCGUCAGUCGCAUCACCCACGGGCACUGGAGCUUCAUCUGCCUUUGGCUUAGGUAGUGGAGCAUUCGCGAGCUUCGGUGCUACGGGUAAGACCCCCAAAACGCCAGGAGGCUCAUUCGACUUGACAAAGAGCCUCGACAAGAGGGACUCAUCCGAGGACAACGCAAAGGACAGCAGAAGGCCGCCCGCGCGAAAGUCGUUAUCGAACUUUGGCAUCGAAAAAGGCGCUGCCGAGCCUCCUGCGUCUUCUUCGAAAGAGACUGCAGUUUUGCACCCGCUCAAGGACAACUGGAUAAUAUACUACCGCAAGCCGACGAGCAAGAACAGCGACUACGAGAAAUCAAUCACGCCCAUGUGCAGGAUAGGUACGGUGGAGGAUUUCUGGAAGGUAUACGUACACCUCACCAGGCCCAGCGGUCUGCCGACUGUGAGUGACUACCACUUCUUCAAGGAGGGAAUACGGCCUGUUUGGGAAGAUGAAGAGAACAAGAAGGGUGGCAAGUGGACAAUGCGCUUGAAGAAGGGCGUGGCAGACCGGUACUGGGAGGACUUACUCAUGGCGAUGGUCGGCGACCAAUUUGCAGAAGCUGGUGAGGAGGUCUGCGGUGCGGUCGUCAGUGUCAGGAUUCAGGAGGACGUGUUCUCCAUCUGGACGAAGAACGACGGCGGCAGGAAUAUCAAGAUACGAGAGACGAUUAAGAGAGUCCUGUCAUUACCUCCGGAUACCAACUUGCAAUGGCGCAGCCACGACGAAAGCAUCACGCAGCGGAUCGAAGUCGACAAGGCGCGCCAGGAGAAAGCGAAUCAGGACAAGAACAGGCGUAACACGCUUGUUGGCGACAAGAAGAAGGAUGAGGAGUAG